GGAUUUAAAGGUUUCUCAAAGAAAUAGGGUUUGAUGAGGGAUUGAUUGGAGACAAUUUUUAAUCACCGUCCCUUCAAAAAUAAGGUAGGAGGUGGAUGAGUAGUUGGUUCGAAAUACUCUAGAGGCAAAACAAGAUGAUUUGCUGUGGUGGUGUGAAGGAGGAUACAUACGGCACACCUGGCAGCCAUCGCCCGGCACCUGCAGCACAGUACAAUGCAGGUAAAAUUCCCAUUUCCUCAUCUGGUCCCAUGGAUCGUUAGCUGAAACUUUAUUAGUUCUCGGACCCAGGGAAUCGAAACACCAGCCCUUUGAUACCAUAGUUCAGUUUGAAGAUUUCAAAUGAACUUUUCAGACGUCAAACUGGAAAAAACUAGUAUAAGACCAUUGGAAAAGGUGCACGAUCCAGUAGAUCAGUUUUGUUGCCUUUGACAACGUCAUCUAUAGGCACAAAUCUCAGCUAGUGCAGAACAGUUUAUUGCAUGUACACAGAAGAAAAUCAGUGACCAGUAGAGGUUUGGCACAUCAGUGUCAUGUGACACGGUGAGGCUCGUUUCGGAACCUGAAAAAUCUCAUAUUGCUUGCUGCAAUGUCAGGCCCUGGCAGGCCAAGAGGACCCAAUGCGCCGAGGGCCAUCAUAGGGGAAGGCUCCUACGGUCAAAUCUACAGGGCCGUGCUGACCUCAGGGGAGCCCGUCGCCAUCAAGAAGCUCGAUCCCAGCGUGUCGAGCGACCCCCUCGCAGACUUCUCUGCUCAGCUAUCGAUGGUCUCGAGGCUGAAGAACGAGUACUUCCUUCAGCUGAUGAGCUACUACCUGGACGACUGCCACAGGAUCCUCGUCUACCAGUUCGCCUCGCACGGGCACGACACUCUGCACGGUACAGUUUUCUCCGUUCAUCAGCCGGUGCCUGGCGCUCUAACCAUCGCAGUUCGCAAAUCUUGUGACACGAGAUCUGACACACGCUGCCUUACUAUUGAAAAAAUAUUAAGUGGACGCCGUCAAGAACUGCUUCGGACUCUAUACAGAAGCUAAGUUUUUCAGAGGCUAUAAACGCAUCAGGUCACCAUCUAUCGAGAUAGGGGAAGAAGUUAGUUUUCAAAGAGAAUAUUAGUGGAAGAAGAACAUCAAAAGUAAUUAGUCUGAUACAAAGUAACCGAUAGUUAAUAUCAGGGCAAGUAGUGGUCACCCUGACUUUUCGAUGCAAAUGGAGGUCAUUCUAACACUUUGAUAGGGUGAUGUCGUAAUUA